GGUCGUAGUCGUAACAUCUUCAGCGGUCCAGUUUUGAGGUUAAAGUUUAUUAUCUUUUAUCUUGCCACUUUGUGGUGUCAAGAUAACUCAGUACUAUAAGUUUUAUUAUAUAACAAUUUAUUGUAAUAAUAGUGCAGUGUUAAUACUUUCGUUGACCUUAGUUGGCUGUAUUGCUUUUAGAAUUUUAUUUUUUUUUCUGUAAUCUUUAUUGAUUAUGCAUUGUGUCAGAUUAGCGCUGUCUUCAAGAUGUUUUGUUGUAUCUGAUUAUUCAAGAGUCUGUUCACAAUUGGUGUCCAUCAGGAAAGUCAUGAGUUCCAGCAGACCGAAGAUAUUUGUCACCAGGGAUGAUUUUCCAGGCAUUGAGCUAUUGAAAGAAAAAGCUGAAAUUGAAGUUUUCAAGGGCACCCAACCGUCAAAAGAUGAAAUUAUUGCUGGAUUAAAAGGAAAACAGGCUAUUUACUGCAGCCUCAACGAUAGGAUUGAUAAAGAUGUGCUUGACGCUUGCAAGGACAGUCUGAAAGUGAUAGGCACAAUGUCGGUGGGAGUGGACCACCUGGCUUGGCGACUGUGCUUUGAGCGCGGAAUCCGCAUCGGCUACACGCCGAUCAUUCUCACUGAGGCAGUAGCCGAACUCACCAUGGCUCUCUUACUAGCCACUUCCAGACGACUGUUUGAGGCCCACAAUGAAAUUUUGCAAAAUCGAUGGUCGUCUUGGUCUCCGAUGUGGAUGUGCGGCCCAGGCCUGCAUGAGGCGACGGUUGGCAUUUUCGGCUUUGGUCGCAUCGGCCAAGAAGUUGCUCGCAAAUUGAAAGCGUUUCGCGUUAAAAAAAUCAUCUAUUCCAGAUUUAGUCCUGGUGAAAUAGAGAAUGAUGUAGGUGCAAUUAAAGUGGAUGCCGAUGAAUUACUGAAGGAGAGCGAUUUUCUCAUAGUUCUAUGCUCGUUGAAUGAAAACACGCAGCAUUUCUUCAACAAGGAUCGAUUCGCUCAAAUGAAACCAUCAGCUAUCUUCAUCAAUGUGAGCCGCGGAGGUGUAGUCGUUCAGGACGAUCUAAUUGAUGCACUUAAGCGCAAUGUGAUAAAAGCAGCCGGAUUAGAUGUCACGACUCCUGAGCCAUUGAAAGCUGACCAUCCCCUGCUAGCAUUACCCAACUGUGUGGUAAUUCCCCACAUUGGUAGUGCAACCUACAAAUCAAGAAACGAGAUGGGAGAGGCGACCUCACAAAAUAUACUUUUGGGUCUUGAAGGAAAACCAAUGAUCCAUGAAUGGAAAGGAUAAUUACUACGCUUAAAAGUGAUUACAAAGAAUAUAUUUUUAUAAUUAUUUAAAAUGAAAUAAAAUUAUAUCAACGAGAAAA